UAGAUUCAACAGAAGUUGCCACACCGCCCAGACCCGUUUUCACGCUUCAACCAAAAAGUGGUUAUUUAGUGAACGAUAAUCCAGUACGAAUUGAAUGUCGCGCCCAGCCCACAUCAACUAUACAAAUUAAAUGUUUCGGAGAGCUUGUGCCAAUAGCCGAAGUGGAAGUUCUUACGACGUUUGAUGAAUCUUCCCAACAAAUUCAACAUGUUGCCUAUGAAGUAACAAAAGCUGCAGUUCAUUCUCACUUUGGAGAAUACUCGUGUCAGUGUACUGCAUUAGGGCAAGGCAAUAUUGAAGAAAAUAGCAGAAAAGCUAUAAUUCAGGUGGCCUAUCUACGCAAAUAUUUUACACAAGAACCUCGUGGAAUUACAUUGGAAAUAAAGACUUCGGCAGAACUGCUAUGCAUCCCACCGCUUGGCAACCCUUCCCCAGAUGUUUACUGGGAGAAAGAUAGUCAGUUGGUUGAUCUCACCAGUGACAACUAUAUCAUGCGGUCGGAAGGCCAUCUUAUUAUCAAUCAUGCUGUGUUAGAAAACACUGGCAAUUACACGUGCGUUGCUGGAAACCUUGCAGCUAAAAGAAAAAGUAACACUGCAGAAGUUAUUGUCUACGGUAAAUAUAGGCCCUAAAGCGCUAAACUAUUUUUACGUUAAACUGCUUAUCUCAUCGUUCCUUUCUAAUCGUAUGCACCAGUCUGCCGAUUUAUUUGUUGUAUUGUUGAAUUUGGUAUGAGAAUAUGCAUAUUUUAGUUUUUUAGGAAGGUUUUGAU